UUUCUUAGUUGUGUGAGGACCGUCAUUGACCGUCAUUGUAAUAUUUAGCAGAAUUAUGGAAACGAAAAUAAACGCCGAGAAAGCGUGUGACUUGAAAGCAGAUGAAAGUAUUACGGAAAAUUGUACGAGAUCUUUUUCGGUAAUUCCUAAUACCUCUGAGACUGUUGCGACUUUUAAGAAACCAACUACGACAAUCUGUUCUAAACGGUCUCGACCGGAAGAUAAACAUUUUACAGCGUCAACGGAUUUUACCAACGAUAAUACAGAUCGUGACUCGGAUAAGACUACAAAAUUUCAAGAACAUCCGAAAGAUCAACCUUUCCCGUAUACAGAACCACCCUGGGGUGGAAAACCGGAAAAUGAUUACUACAUGGAGAUUUUAAAAUCUGGAGUGAUUAUUCAGACAAUUUCGCUCAAAGAACAAAGUUUCUAUGUGAUCGGACGAUUACCUACGUGCCAUAUAUGUCUGGCACAUCCAACCAUUUCGAGACAUCAUGCUAUUUUACAAUACAGAUCGGAACAGGAUAACAUAAAUUCUAAAGGUCUUUAUGUUUACGAUCUAGGAAGUACUCAUGGUACUUUUUGGAAUGGAAAUCGUAUAAAGCCUAACGUUUAUGUGAGAGUGCAAAAGGGUCAUAUGCUUAGGUUUGGAUGUAGUCAAAGAAAAUUUAUUCUGCAAGCUCCUUUGGACGAUGAAGAGGAGGAAUCUAUGUACACGGUGUCAGAAUUAAAGGAAAUGAGAGCAUUGGAAUUAGUAAAACGACACAUAGAUCGAGGGAACGAAACAGAUUCUACAGAGGAUAAAGAGAGUGUCGGUAUUGACUGGGGUAUGGGAGAAGAUGCGGAUGAGGAAACAGAUUUGCAAGAAAAUCCUUAUGCUUGCAUAGCCGACGAUAAUUUAGUUUUGGACGAUCCUAAGAAAACCUUAAGAGGUUGGUUCGAAAGGGAAGGUUACGAUCUACAUUAUAAAACAGAGGAGAAAGGACCUGGACAAUUCUUAUGUUGGGUAGAUUUACCCAUGGAAGAUAUCGUUGGCCACUCUCUUAAAGCGGAAGCUUUAGUUAAAGGCAAGAAGAAGGAAGCAGUUGUCCAGUGUGCACUGGAAGCGUGUAAAAUCUUGGACAAGUAUGGGUUAUUAAGGCAAGCGCAUCAUGAAGCUAGAAAAAGAAAGACGAGAAAUUGGGAGGCGGAAGAUUAUUACGAUUCGGACGAAGAUAACUUUUUAGAUAGAACAGGAUCGAUAGAGAAGAAACGCGAACAAAGAAUGCGCCUAGCUGGCAAGUUGGAAGAAACAGUCGAAACAUACGAUUCGUUGCUUGAAAAGCAUGUGAAUGUUGUGAAAAGAAUCUCGUAUCUGACAGAUUCGAUUAAAAAUUGGCAACAUGAAAAUAGCGCAAAGACGGAAACAUCAGAAGAGGACGCGCUGGAUGCUUUUAUGUCGAAUUUAAAUUCGUCCACUUUAACUAAAAGUGACAUAGCUAAGAUGAAAGUGGAGUUACAAGCUGUUCGCAAAGAAGAAGCAGGUAUAAUUAAAUUAUUAAACCUGACACGUCCAGCCAAUUUGCCGGCUCUCGUUCAACAAGAUGUAACAUCGGAUCAAGAAGUUGGACGUGUUAAAACAAACAUGAACGCUACGCAAGAAAUAUCAUCGAAAGCAAGCAAAAUUCAACGUUCGAUGUUUCAGCGAAGAAAGAAAAAAAUGGAUAAUUAUGGAUUAGACGAAAGUAGUAAUCGACUGAUAUCGCGUACGAUGACCGAGGAAAAAGUGGAAGUAGAAUCUGACGAAGAAUCGGACACUGAAGAGAAAGGAGAGUCCCUUAUGGAAAAGAAAGAAAUCUUCGAAUCACAACAGUCUUUAACUUUUGUGACUAUUACUGCUACUGCUACUGAUACUGACGCAAACGCAAACGCUAAUACUGGCACUACUACUACUGCUACCGGUGCUCUAGUUGACGUUACUAUUCCUUCGACUAGUAUAAAAGGGUGUACUAAAGACAAUGAAAAAUGGAAUACACGUGAAAUUGGAGUAGUCACGAGAACACAUCGAGAAGAGGGAAAAAAAAUAUCUUGCGAUCAAGAUAUUUUUGCUGAUAAUUACUCUACAUGGGUACCUCCGCAAGAUCAGGCAGGAGACGGAAAAACGAGUUUAAACGAAAAGUAUGGUUACUAA